CUCUGUCACUAUAAAAGACCUCAGUGAAAGCGUUUGACUACAGCUCGAGAGAAGCUGGCAGCCCAUGCAGCCUGAGCCUAUUCUGGGACAUAUGCCUGGAUUACACGGUACAAAGAUUUUACACAAACAUGGCACCUUUGCUUCUCUCCUCUCAGGAUCCUAAAACCAAUACAAACAGUUCCAUUUCUUUUUCAUCGCCCACCAGCUCCCCACCCAUCAGCCUUACUGAACUUCACCCCCUGAUGGCCCACCCUGACACGCAAUGCGAGCAUGACAGGGUCCAGGUGCCGCCUUCAGGACCCACGGCCAUGCAGAAGGCCAGGUCCCGCUUCUUAAAGGUAGUCUCCUACUUCUCUGGAGACAUGAAGCCGUUUGGAAAAUGGAUGGAAAAGCAGUUUCUCUUGCUGCAGCUGCUGGACUGGGUUUUGCGUGGUGCUGCCCAGGUGAUGUUUGUCAACAACCCUCUCAGUGGUCUGAUUAUUUUUGCUGGGCUCAUCCUCCAAAACUACUGGUGGGCUCUCAACGGUUUUGUGGGCACACUCUUUGCUACUAUUUCUGCCCUCAUUCUGCAACAGAACAGGGGGGCCAUAGCUGCAGGGCUGUACGGAUACAAUGGCAUCCUGGUCGGCCUCCUAAUGGCUGUGUUUUCUAACAAAGGAGACUGGUACUGGUGGCUCCUGCUCCCAAACGUCUUCAUGUCCAUGAUGUGUCCCAUCUUGUCCAGUGCCUUGGCAUCUAUUAACAGUCGCUGGGAUCUCCCGGUUUUCACUUUGCCCUUCAACAUCCUGGUGUGUCUCCACAUGGUGGCAACUGGUCACUACAACCACCACUUCCCCCAAGUCCUCAUUCAGCCUCGCUCUGAGCUGCCCAACAUCACCUGGUCUGAAAUAGAUUUACCCAAGCUGUUCAUGUCAGUGCCAGUUGGAAUAGGCCAGGUCUAUGGCUGUGACAACCCUUGGACGGGAGGAAUUUUCAUCAUCUCACUCUUCAUCUCCUCCCCUAUCACCUGCGCUCAUGCCGUCCUGGGAUCUGCAGUCGGCAUGGUUUCAGGUCUUGCUCUUGCAGCCCCGUUUGGUGACAUUUACUUUGGUCUCUGGGGAUACAACUGUGUGUUAGCCUGCAUCGCCAUCGGAGGAAUGUUUUAUGCUCUCACCUGGCAGGUGCACCUACUUGCCAUCACAUGUGCUUUUUUCUGUGCAUACCUGGGCUCAGCCAUUGCCAACAUUAUGUCCAACUUUGGUUUACCUGCCUGCACCUGGCCUUUCUGUCUCUCUGCUCUUACUUUUCUCCUAAUCACCACGGAGACCAAAAAGAUCUUCAAACUCCCGCUGGCUAAAGUCACUUACCCCGAGAAAAACCUGGGCUUCUUCUGGAAGCUCAAGAAACAGGAGAAAGCAGAGAGGGCUGAGAAGGAGAGGAAAGAGACAGAAGAGAAGAAAAAGUCCAUUGAAGAUGAGAUUCUAAAAAAUGAGAAAGAACAACUGAGGCUUGAGCUUGCCAGGAUGGAAGAAGGGAAAAGGACAAAUGAAGCAUCAGAUGACCCACUUACUCAAGACCCUGAGCCCGAAGCAGAGCAACACGUUGACGAAGAUGAAACGAGACAAAACAAUUUGACUGAGGCCGCUUAUGUUUAAUAGCACAUUCAUGUAUCUGAAUAAACAACCAUACACAUAAAGAUGAAAUACCUUAGUGGCAGUUAGAUGGAUGAAUAUACAUACAUGUAAACCUGCAGUCUAUCAGAAUAUUUAUACACAUUGCAGUAAAGUGAGGAGUUACGCUAACAGUUCUUUCUGCUUCUAGCUGGCAGUCUGAUCAGUGUAAAGUGCAGCUCUUGUUUGUUCUGUGAACCUUUGUUUAUUUGUAUUUGAAAUCUAUAUUUUUCUAUUAAAUUAUUUUUAAUAGUC